CAGAGCAGCCAAUCGCAGGGAAGGCGCCGAGUGCGCGCACGCUCCCGGAGUUUAACGGUCGCGAGGGGCGGCUCGCCCGACCCUCACCUCGACAGUGACAACGACGACCAGACUCUUGGGAGCUUAGGAUAUUUCACAGUUCUGAAUGUUAGCAACUGAAAAUGCCUGUAGACGAUGAAGCAUCUGAAGACGACCCGGAUUCACUUUCUUCAAACAGUGAAAGAAUCUGCCUUUUCACAUAAUAGAUCAUAACAAUUUCUGUACACUAUGGAAGAUUUUGACUUGGUGAAAACCUUAAAAAAAAUUCCAUCUACUGUAGAGUCUGAUAUAAAAAAUUCUCCCUGUUCUAAUGUGCUGAACUUAAAUACUGUUAGAAGUAGUCCCCACCUUAGUACAAAUGGGGUAUCCUCUUUCUCAGGGAAGACCAGACCAUCUGUGAUUCAAGGCACAGUUGAAGUCUUAACUUCUUUAAUGCAAGAACUACAAAACAGUGGAAAGACCGAUUCGGAACUUUGGAAAAACUGUGAGGCCAGGUGGUUACAGCUGUUCAAUUUGGUGGAAAAACAAUGUCAGGAGCAGGUAGUUGCUCAGCAGGAACAGUUCCACAACCAAAUUCAACGUAUACAGGAAGAGAUAAAAAAUUUAGUCAAGUUACAGACCAGUAAUACUUCCUGGGCUUCCUAUAACAGUUCUUUAAGCAAAGAAACAUCUGCAGAAAGUCAAAUGGGUUUUUUUUCUGAAAAUAGUGAGAGAAAUGAGUCUGUUGUCAGUUACCCUGACUCUCAAGAACCUGAAAUGCAGCAAGAAACAACUAUAUCCCAACCAGACUGCAACGUGGAUGGCAGCUCGGUGAGCAGCGGCUACGGUACCUUCUGUGUCUCAGAAUUAAAUACGUACAAGUCCAAGGACCCUAAAGAGUUCAUGGAGCACGAAGAGGUUUCGCCAGGACAGUACAGAAGGACCGUGGUGCAGCCGGAGUCAGUGACAGAUGCUGUGAAAAAUAAUAGUUUUUAUAUACGCCCCACUGAAGAAUUUUGUGCACCUUUAAAGGAUGAUAGUCCCAUCUUUCCUGAUGAAUUUGAACACAAUUUUCUUAAUGAUCAGAAGAUUUCAGAAGUAUACAGUGGCAAAACAAAUAGUAAUAAGUCUAUAACAUCAUGGGCACAAAAGCUGAAGCAGAACCAGUCAAAGAAAGCACAUACUGAAGAGGGAUGUUUCAAAUCCACACAAGUGAAGGAGCAAACCAAGAAAACACCCACCGAGCAGCUGGAUUUCAUUACUGCUACACGUCCUCAUGCUUUUUACCUCAAUAAGCCAGAUGGAAACCCAAAUUCAUGGAUGUCUGAUUCAGAAACAGGACUGACUUACUGGAAGCUGGAAGAGAAGGACAUGUAUUGCUCUUUGCCCGAGACUUUAGAAAAUAUAUUUGCACCAGCCUCCUCAGAUAUGUCACCAAGCCAACAGUUUAAUACUGGUAAUGAGAUGAAGCUCCCAUCACUGAAGGAUAUUUAUCAUAAAAAACAAAGGGAAAGCAAGCAGUUACCUGAGAGGAAUCUCACUUCUGCUUCCAACCCCAGUCAUCUACCAGAGGUACUGACUCUAGAUCCAACAAUACACAUGAAGCCAAAUCAGCAGAUUUCAGGGAUUCAACCCCAAAGCUUUUUGAAUGUUCUUAAAGACAGAAUUUCUUUUUCCCCAGACUCUGUUCUAGAACCUAGCAUGUCUAGUCACUCUGAUAUAGACUCAUUUUCACAAGCAAGUAAUAUCACUUCUCAGUUAUCUGGAUUCCCAAAAUAUCCAUCAAAUUCAAAAGCCUCACCAGUGGACUCUUGGAAAAAUCAUGCAUUCCCAAAUGAAAGUAGGACCAAUUCCCCGUUUCCUUCAGUGUACACUGUCACCAGUAAUGACAUCUCAGUCAACACCGUGGAAGAAGAAAACACGGUCAUGGUAACUUCAGCCUCAGUCAGUCAGUCCCAGCUUCCAGGUACAGCCAACAGUGUCCCAGAAUGCAUUUCACUGAAUUCCCUGGAAGAUCCUGUGAUAAUAUCUAAGAUUAGACAGAGCCUGAAGGAAAAGCAUGCUCGCCACAUAGGGGAUCUCCGGGCUUAUUAUGAAUCAGAAAUAAAUAGUUUGAAGCAGAAACUGGAGGCAAAAGAAAUUUCUGCAGUUGGCGAUUGGAAGAAAAGCAAUCAAAUUCUUUUAGACAGAUGUGGUCAAUUAGAUAAUGCUCUGAAUGAAGCUACUAACCGUGUGAGAACACUUGAAAAUAAAAAUAAUUUACUAGAAGUAGAAGUGAGUGACUUCAGAGAUCGCUUCAAUGCAGCCAACAGUGCCUCCAAAGUUUUGCAGGAACGAAUUGAGGAAAUGAGAACAAGUAAUAAAGAAAAAGACAAUACCAUUCUUCGGCUAAAAUCUAGACUGCAGGACUUAGAAGAAGCAUUUGAGAAUGCUUACAAACUCUCAGAUGAUAAAGAAGCCAGACUAAAACAAGAAAGCAAAAUGUUUCAAGAUCUUUUAGGAGAGUAUGAGUCCCUUGGAAAAGAACACGAAAGAGUAAAGGAGGCAUUAAAUACAACUGAAAAUAAAUUGCUUGAUGCACAUACUCAGAUUUCUGACUUGAAAAGAACAAUUUCAAAACUUGAAGCUCAAGUCAAGCAAGUAGAGCAUGAAAAUAUGUUAAGUCUUCGUCAUAAUUCAAAAGCUCCCACGAGACCCUCACGUGCUAACACUCUAGCAACCUCUGAUGUCAGCCGGCGCAAGUGGUUGAUACCUGGCGCUGAGUAUUCUAUCUUCACCGGGCAGCCUUUGGACCUCCAGGAUAGGAAAGUGGAGAGCCACCUGGAGGGAUCCUGCAUUUCUGGGUACCAUUCUCCUCCAGAAAAGGAUUCUUCUGGAAGUUCACCAGCAAGCCUAUUAACAAAAAAACAGAGAGAGACUUCAGAAACACCAAUAAUGAAAGCUUUAAAAGAAUUUGGUGAAGAAAAAUUAUUUAAAAACUGGGGUACACAGACAGAGAAAGAAGACGCUUCAAAUAAAUUAGUGACUCCUCGGCAAGCUGGAACUUCAGUCAACAGAAGUCAGUCCCCAGAGAAAUGUGCCCAGCAGAGACAAAAGAAAUUUACUUCUGCUUCCCAGAGAUCAUCCUCUUUACCGCCUUCUAAUCGUAAACCAAACACUCCAACAAAAAGAGAGAUUAUGUUAACACCAGUGACUGUGGCUUAUAGUCCAAAGAGAUCCCCUAAAGAAAAUUUGUCCCCAGGAUUUAGUCAUCUGCUUAGCAAAAAUGAAAGCAAUCCGAUUCGAUUUGAUAUACUUUUGGAUGAUUUAGAUACUGUUCCUGUGACUACAGUGCAACAUACCAAUCCACGAAAACAGCUCCAGUUUCUUCCUCUAGAUGACUCAGAAGGAAAACAGUACUCAGAAAAUGCCACCAACAUCCAUGUUAAUCAUAGCUCUUCUUCUGAACCAUUGCCAGAUGGAAUGAAGAAAGCCCCAGUGAGAUCAGCCUGGGAGAAUAAAUCACUUAGCUCUGAGCAGUGUAGACCUGCUUCAGCAGCACCACAUACUAGUGAUUUUGAAUAUACAGCAAAAAUUAGAACCCUUGCUGAAACGGAACGUUUUUUUGACGAACUUACAAAAGAAAAAGAUCAGAUUGAGGCAGCACUGAGUCGAAUACCUUCUACUGGAGGGCGAAUCACUUUGCAAACAAGAUUAAAUCAGGAAGCCUUAGAAGAUCGCUUGGAGAGGAUUAAUCGAGAGCUGGGCUCAGUUCGAAUGACAUUAAAGAAAUUUCAUGUUUUGCGCACCUCUGCAAAUCUUUGAGAUUUGUAGCCAUUAAAUGUUGAGACAUUUUUGUUUGCACAAAUGUAGAAGUAUGCACUCAGAAAAGGCGCAGACUAUUUUGUACUGUUUAUACGCCUUCAAACAGUAGUUUUACAAUCAUGCUAUUCUUACACUUGCUAUUUUAUACUUCAAAUGGUCACAUAUUUUCAAGAUACUUUUGUUAUGCUCAGGAAUCUCUUGUAUAUUUUACUAUUUAAAAAGUAUUGUUUUUAAAUAGUGUAUGUCUCCAAUUUAUAUUAAGAAUAAGAAAAUAUAAACAGAGGAGACAGCUUGUUUCUAAACAAAUAGUAUUAUCCUUCUACAAUUAACUUUGCACACACCAAUUUUAUAAACUUGUUCUACAUUGUAAAUAUGAUUCUUUUUUAAAAAAAAUAAAUGCUUAAGAACAACUUCCAUAAUAGACUAAUACAUGCUGGAUGCAAAAAUAAUUAUAGGAAACCCUGAGUUUUAGCUGUAUUGAGAAUUUUUUUUAAAAAAGCAAUCACAGUAUAACUCCUCUUUGAAGCAUAUGUCUUUGAGUGAACAUUAGUAGUAAUGAAAAUAGUAGAAUAUUGGCAAACUUUGAAAACCAUAUAAAUAGCUUAUUUUGUUUCCCAUAGAUGUUUUUAUUUGUAAGGAAAGAAAAUUGAGAGGGAUGUAGUUCUAUAAUUUUGUCAUAUGUAUAGUACUUUUAAGAAAAAGCCAAAUAAUUGUAAAGCUUCAAUAAUUGUAAAGCUGUAGCUUUCUGCUUAUACUGAAUGUAACUUUCAUCCCAUCUUUGUCACGAGCUUGAUAGAUAAAGCUUUGAUGAAAUAUAGGUCACACUCAGUGAGGUUUUAAGAACAGUCCUGCUUUCUUGAAUGCUGUCAGUCAUCACACAGACUUU